UGGUUGGAGCUACCGUCUCAAGACCUCAAGACCUCGAGACCUCUAGACCUCGGGACCUCAGGACCCCAUCGAGAAGGAUACAAGCGAACCAAGUACCCCAAAUACUCACACAGUUGAGGAGAUUUCUGUCGGAGUGACGCCUUUCGUGCGGUUUUAUUUUGCAACGGACUUUCUUUCCAAAACGGAAACAAUUUCGGUGUGAAAAUUUGCAUAAAAUUACCUUGCGAAACCAGUAAAGGAAAACAAAGACUUUAGGGAAACCGAUUUAAAGCCUUUUGGGCAGUUCUUGAGCUUGCAAAGUGCGUGAGAAAGUCGUCGGUAAUCCGCGUGAAUUUUACAUAACACCCGAAUUACCAUCGUCUCCGGGGAGAGCAGCAGCGGCUCCAUCUCUAUCUUGGUCUCAAAAUCUCGACCCGAAACCCGAUUAAUUUCCCAGCCAACACCCUCGCUCCACAAUGCAGCCCCUGAAGCGCUUCACACAAUGCGGCAGCCUGACCAUGCUCUUCGGCAUCUUCAUCAUCCUCUUCGGGGUCAGCUCCACGGCACUGACCACCUUCGGCAAGACCAACAACGGGCCGCCGCCCACGCACCUUCCAGUGGUGAAAGGACGCGAGUGCUCCGCCCAUGAUGACUGUACGGCGAUAGAUCGCACCAGCUGCGUCAAGGAUCCGAACGACUACAAGUUGCGUUGCCUUUGCGGCGAUGAUACAGCUCCCGUGGGUGGCAAUUGUCCGGAUGUCUUAAAAGGCUUGCGUCACAAGUGCAACAGCAACAACGACUGCGAGGACGGAAUGGUUUGCCAGUUCGAGAACAGCAACCGCACCAUCGGCGUGUCCAAGUUCAUGUCCAGCAAGACCAAGCUGUGCCUGUGCGACAACGAUAACGGCUACGUGGAGGAUAUCCUGCACGACAUCUGCAGCGGAGCCAAUCUGAAUGCCCUGGUCAACAUCCUGAUGUCGAUCUGUUCCCUGCUGGCGCCCUUCUUGGUGUCCGCCCAAAUGCGAAAGCAUUUCUAGGAGGCGACCUUAGCAGAGGGAGGAGGAGUAGGAGUUCGGAGUCGUAGUUUGGCGUUUAUCUCCCCUAGUGAUCCAUCAAAUGUGCCUCAGUGAAACCAACAGAAACCAAACAUCAUCAGCCCAGCCCCUGUCCCCCUUGCAUGUGAACAGAGCAGAAGAGGAAAGUCUUCGGAGAAAUGGAGAAAACCCAAUGCGGAAAGUAGGAAAGUUCAGUCGCCAUUAGCCUAAAGGUCGUUCUAUUGUAUAAGUUUCAUAUAUACCACCGUCAAUUUUAUUCGCUUCUCACGGAAAGUUGCGUUAUAUUUAUACAACGAUAUACAUAAUUAUAUUAUCUGAUAAAUGUUUUCUAUAGAUCCCCCUCUCGACCUUAGUCAGUACCCCGUACACUAGUCAACCAGAAUUAACUUUAGAGGAAACGUUUUGCACCAUUUUAUUGUAAUUUUAUAUGUACGUGUGUCCAAGAAUAAUAAACGAGAAUCCCCAAAAACGGAAAUUAUACAUAACGAUAGGCAAACUUAUCUGCAGCACUGUGAUUCAGAUCGCUUGACAUCGCAAUUACAAAUGUGAAACAUUUUAAUUUUUGUAUGUAUCCAACCUAAAAUAGCUUUACGAGCUCACAGCCCACAAUCAAUACAGAACAUAAUAAUAAUAAUGAAAUAAAUAAAAUAUAAUUAAUUCAUAAUAAAGUAAGGUUCAAGGCCGUUGCACAAGGGAUUUCUGAUCUCUGAUUGCGUCACUCAGAAGCAGGCCUGGUUAAAGAACUUUAUCCAUUAAAACCGUUUUCUCUGUAGCUGGUAUCUAUAUUAUUUAA